AUGGAACCCACGACGUUACCGUUAAAGAAAGUUAAAAGCCCAUCGAUUGAUGAUAUUAACACUAAAUCGUCGGUCACAUGUUCAAAUGUCCCCGACGGAUUAUUUGAUGAAACGACAGCCAAAAAACACUUCAGCAAAUUUGGACGCCCCCAAAAGAUAAGACUUUUUCCAAAGAGUCAAAAGUGCAUCGUUGAGUAUGAUGAACCUACCAGUGCAGAGAGGGCUGUUUUAAAUGCUGGAGCUUUUGAUGGGUUUAUGUUUGAUGUUACUCGCACAAAGACACGAAUAAGGCGAAAAAGUAAGAAAGAUGAUGAUCCAGAUUGGGUGCCUGACUCUGAUGUUGAAGAAGAACUUUCUGCUAUGAGAGGAGCUCCAACAUAUAGGAUAUCUCGGCAAAAAGCAAUGGAUAUAGACCCUGUUGUAGUAAGGCCCAAAGUUGCAGCACGAUCAACAAAAUUAUCACCAUUAAGAAAGAGUUUAGCCCAGACUACUAGAGCAAAACAGACUGUAAGUCAGCCUUUACCUGCUGAACCUCCAGCACUAGUCACUAUGUCAACAACCAGUCUAAGUACGUCAGAAGCAGCUGCUGAACUGCACCAACUUCGCUCCCGGAUAUCUUUGACUCCAGACGAGCAAUGGCGGACAUUAGAUGCCAGAGACAGAAUUUUACGUGCGUGGGGUGGUGCAGGAUCUAGGGUUAAGGAGGGCGGAGCAACUAUAGGUACUUGCCCAGACAUGUGUCCUGAAAAAGAAUUAUUGCAUCGUCAGGCUGAACAUCAGGUAAUGACAUUGGAGACAGUGCCGGAUUCAGAUGGUCUAAUGGAGCCGUGGCGCGCCGUUAAGCAGUAUAGUCGUAGCUCAGCAGACCAGGAGAUGCCCAUGUGUUAUGAACUGCGACCAGCUCAUGUACUUAUGAGGACUUGCGCUUACCUGCUUAAUGAAAUUGCUGAUACUUCUCGUCAGGUAUCACUGGCGGAUUGGUUUCAUUUCAUGUGGGACCGAUUUCGUAGUAUUCGCAAAGAUAUAACACAACAAGCUUUGUGCUGUGCAGAUUCAAUUUGGCUGGUAGAAACAUGUGCACGUUUCCACGCUCACUGUGCAGCCCGCCUCGCUGACUUGGAACAUACUCAGUUUGAUCAGAAACUCAACACCGACAAUCUUACUAAGUGUCUUCAAACUCUUAAGCAUAUGUAUGCUGAUGUAGAACCGGCGUUGAAACCAAACGAAGCAGAGUUCAGAGGAUAUAUCGCUUUGCUCAAUUUAGGAGAUGCGAAUUUUUGGUGGGAGAUCAAACAACUGCCUCAAGAUAUUCAGAAAUCGGAAUCGAUAAUGUUUGCUAUAAAAGUGUUUACUGCAUUGGAUAACAACAACUACGUAAGAUUUUUUCGCCUAGUUCAAGAAAAGGCAACUUAUCUUCAAGCAUGUAUACUUUUGAGGUAUUUUAAUGAUGUUAGGGCUCGAGCAUUAGCAAGAUUUGUUAAAGCGUAUGCACCUAGAGGUGGGUCGAAAUUUCCAGCACAAGAUAUGAUUAAUGCACUCGCUUUUGAAUCUACUGAGCGUAUGAAAUCUUUUAUAAAUCAUUACGGCUUACGAUUUGCAAAGACAGAUUCUGAAUUAUCAGUAAUACUAGAUAGAAAUCAAUUUAUAGAAGACAGUGAUCCAUAUCCAUUGGCUCGGGCUAUCAAUCUUAUAGAAUCUAAAAGGCAAACAACAGUUGGUGAAGUCAUCGCAGGAGGUCCAAUUCCAAAGCAUGAUUAUAGUGGUCAUAUGCUAUAUUCUAGUUUUAAUAAAGAUGGCAAGUUAAAAGAAACUGCGUUGAUAGCAGAAGAUCUUGGAUAUAACACUAAAAAUGAUAGCAAUAAAGAUAUAGAAGCAUUGAAAACAGAAAUUCAAAGAUUAAGUAGUGGUGGCAGAUUUGCCGAGAAUAUAAGUAAUGUGAAAGAUGUUAAGAAAAAUGUAUUUUCUGAAUUCGUACCCAAAAGCCUUAGUAGAAGUAUAGUGACACCUAGUAGUGGUGAAAUUGAAAAUAAGUCAUUUUUAUUUCAACCUGCAAUUCCAGUGGCGCCGUCUGAAAUAAUAAAAACUUCACCAGUUAAUGAAACCAAAAAUAUUUUUAGAUUUUCUAAACCUCAGCAGGACACUACAGACAAUAGUUUGGUGAAGAAGAGCCAUGAACAUAAUCCCUUCUUAUCGUCUAUAAAAUCAGUAGAGGCAGUAUCCAUAGUUAAAGAGGCAAAAAAUUCUUUGUUCAAACAACCUGCGACAAACUCCUUGUUUAUGUCAUCUGAAAAUAAAAACGGAGAUAUAUUCAAAAGUAGAGGUUCAACAACGAAUUUAUUUACAAGUAACAAAGCUAGUAUCUUUAACGAAAAGGAUAACAAAAAAACAGAAGACCACAACACAGCGUUAAGUGGUGCUAAUAAUUACUCCAAAAUAUUUGGUAGUGCUGCACAACCUGAUCGUACUACAAAUUCUGGUUCUGGUAACCUUUUUACACAAGUGCCAAUAUCGCAACAAAAUGUAUUUCAAAAAGCUACAAAUAUAUUUAAAGAAUUUACGAAAUCGAAUAUUUCCAAUAGCAGUAUUUUUGCAAAAUCUGAUACACAAAACGCUCAAAAUGCAAAUGAAGAUCUUAAAGUAUCACCUGGCACUUUAUUUAAGAGUGCUUGUCAACCAGAAAAAGUAUUUUCAUUCUUUCCAAGUAAGAACAAACCAUCAACAAUUGCAGAUAACAUAUUUAAUUCAGUAAAGGCAUCAAAAGAUGUUUAUGAAUUUCAAGAUGAAGACAAUUCAGUUAAACUUUUAAGAGAAGAAAAAGCUAAAGAAAUUGAAAGAAAGAUGGAAGAAGAAAAGAAAAGCGAAGAAGCUAAGAGGUUACAGCAACUAGAGGAAGCUAAAAGAAAAGAAGAAGAACGGAAGAAACUAGAAAAGCAAAAACAAGAGGAGAUUCGUAAAAAAGAAGAGGAAAGGAAACGAGAAGAACUUAGAAAGCAAAAGCUUGAAGAAGAAAGAAAAGCAGAGUUAAAAAGAAAAGCUGAAGAGGAUGAAAGAAUGUUUAAAGAGAAAGUUGAAAAGGACUCAAAUGAAUUACUGACAGAUCUUAUAGAAGAAAUUAAUACGCAAACAGUUCAGAAUUUUAUAAACGAUGAAUUAGAAAGUCUUAAGAAACUAGUUUUAUAUUCUCAAGAUGUAACAGAGGAAUUAUUGAACGAGAUUUGUAAAGAAAUUUCUAUGUCCGAAGUGAAAGCAGAAUUAUUUUGGACGCAAAAGUUAAUGAAAAAAUGGUUUAGCAUAUGGAGAAAACAGUAUUUAAGGAACAGAAAAAGAAGAAAUCUUUUAGAAGAUACACCCGUUUGGUUAACGGAUUACACGCCCGUAGAAGAAGCUAAUAGUUUAAGGAGAGUUGUAGAAGUUGCAGCUUUAAGGAAUAUGAAUGCAAUACACCGGGGAUAUAAAUUUACUGGUGAAUUAAAUCAUAUGCCACCACCUGAACCAAUUAAUAUUAUGGAAAUAAUUAGGUCUCCACUUUUAAAACGGAUGAAACAAAUCCAGUAUCCAUAUGACAAAUGUUUUUUCUGGAAGGUGGCUAUGGUUUCUCCCGGAUCUUCGAGGUGGCUUUAUAAGAGGAUAAAUAUUAAAAAUUGGCUACUGGAAACAUUUAGCGAUAAAAAUAAAUCAGACAAAAAGGAUGGUUUGAUAUAUGUCGGAAAACAGUCAUGGAAUCAUUUAAUGGAUUUUGCUAUAUCUGUUAGUCUUAUUGAUAAAGAAUCUAUGUUAAGUUAUAAUGAGGCUGUGGAAGGGGCACACGGUUUUUUGUUUUACCAGGAUGAAAAUUAUUUAAGCAUACUUGAAACAAUAGAAGAGAUAAUGAAAUGCAAAUACCCAUAUCAAAUCGUUCCUGUUGCUUUUAUCAUUCCAAAAUUAGAAGACAUAUCUAUUCAAAGACUUGAGCAGAAUUUGCAAAAGUUAAUUAAUGAUAAUGUCAUAUUAUGUUACAAAAUAUUUGUAGUAGAAAAACAUAAACUGAAUCAAUCUUUACAUUCAAAUAUGAAAAGUGCAUUAAAAUGGCUGGCUAAGAAAUGUCCUAAAAACCCUCCAAUUGAAAUUGAUUAUUUAAAAUCAAUAUGUCAGAGGUAUUUAGCUAAUGAGAUUUGGUAUAAGCUGAAAUCAGAAACCGAUAGUAGAAUAGUAACCCUUCGUACAGAUUUAAAAAAACUCAUUACCUGUUACAAUGCAGCUGUGGAUAAAUUAACUGAUGUUAUAACAAACGAAGACUUAUUUAACUACCCAUCAUUUCCGCUAGAGUUUGAUCAAUACUUAAGCCACGAUUCACCAUAUCCAAAACCGUUUGAAUUCAUUCCAAGUAGCACAAAACACUCCGAAAAUGUGCUUGCGAUUAAAAGUUUUAUGAAACGCCUAAAACUUAUAAACUCCCCGUCGGAAUUCCAUCCGUCUAACUCCAUAACUAUGCAACAGCAAAUACGCAGCUAUUGUAAACAAAUUGGAUGGUUUGAUAACCCUGAAAAAGUUGCUUGUAAAGUUCUAGCACUUCUGCCGAGCGAUUUUUCUAAUUUGGAAAUGCCUUGCGAAGAUUUCAGCAAAAUUUUCGAACAGUAUAAUUUGAUCGAUUUUUUGAAUAUAGUUGUUUAUGAAAAAAUAAAUAGUUUACACAAUUUCGAUAACAGAUUUGCAAUAUACGAUAAAGCGUCAAUGGAAGAAUAUCGUAAUGUUAACUGGUUGUACGAGAUUGAAGUUGUUUCCGGUAUGAAACACAAAGCUAUCGAAUAUGAAGAUGAAUUAGAUCUAUUUAUUAGCGCAAAACGACGGAAAUUAGAUAACAAUGAAAUGGAGUAUCUUAUGCUUGAAGACAAAGAUUGUACUUUAGUUGAAGAGAGUAUAAAAUCAGUUGAAAAAAAUAUUUCGUCAUACAAUGAUUGCAGUGAUACAAUGAGAGGAUUAGAAAAACAACUUGAAGAAGAAAGAAGGAAAUCUUAUGAAUUUGAGAACUUGCUUCGAGCGGCGCUAUCAGACGUAUAA